AUGGCUUCGUUGUUUUCAGUGGAGAACUGCAGAGAGCAUUUCCCAGCUUUGGAGAAGGACCAAAUAUUCGGCGACAAUGCUGGUGGCAGCCAGGUUCUCGGAAGUGUCGCUGAUAGCAUUUCAGAGUACUUGAUCAACAACAAUGUUCAGUUGGGUGCAAGCUACAAGACUUCUCAAAAGUCAACCGCAACAUUUGACAAAGCAUAUCAGGCUGCUGCAAAAUACAUCAACGCACACGUUGAUGAAAUUGUCCUGGGGGCUUCUACUACGCAAGUUCUUCGAAACCUUGCCGCGUCAAUCAAGUUCGAGGCUGGCGAUGAGAUCAUCCUUUCUGAAAUCGAUCACGAGUCCAACAUCGACCCGUGGCUUCACUAUGCCGCGAUUUCCGGGGUAAUCGUCAAAUGGUGGACACCAGUUGAUCGCUCGAACCCGAAGCUUGACACUAAGACGCUCAGAGAUCUUUUAACGAGCAAGACGCGAUUAGUCGCGUGUACUCAUGCUAGCAAUAUUCUCGGAAGCAUACACGACAUCAAGGUCAUUGCCGAUACUGUCCAUGAAGUUCCCCGUGCUCUUCUAUGUGUAGAUGGAGUUGCUUACGCACCACACCGCGCCAUUGAUGUCAGAGAGAUUGGCGCCGACUUUUACGCCUUCUCAUGGUACAAGAGGUUUCAUCCGGGCUGGGGUCAGUUCAUCCGCGCUGUUCAGGGACCACGGCGUGCCGAGGCGCCGUACCGUCGGGGCGGGUUCAAGAGGUCACUCGAGUUGUCAUCUCUUCUUCAGCAAGGGACCGUCACAUUCGGUGACCCUCUGGACGGUGUUGGAUGGCUAAUGAUGCCGGUUGCCCACAUUUCGCACCCCGAACUUGCGCUGCCUCAACCUCAUACCAAAUACGCGGGCUUCCUGCAUUUUGACAACCCCGGCCGUAAAUGGCCGAACAGAACAUUGAAAGAACAUCCUAUUUGGUUAUCUACAGAUCUUCGAGAUGGAAAUCAAUCUUUGAUUAACCCGCUGACCGUCGAUCAAAAAUGGGAGUACUUUCAGAUGCUCGUCUCUAUCGGCUACACAGAGAUUGAAGUAAGCUUUCCAGCUGCAUCUCAGGUGGAAUUCGACUUCACUCGCCGUCUUAUUGAAACCCCUGGCGCUGUCCCAGACAAUGUACGGAUUCGGGGCCUUUCACCAACUCGUGAGGAUUUCCUGGCACGAACUGUCGAAGCACUACGCGGGGCCAAAAGAGCUUCAAUCUGCACAUACAUUUGCACCAGCGACAAGCAACUGAAAUAUCAAGGGUUUUCCCGCGAGCAGGCUGUGGAACAGGCUGUCAAGUCGGUGAGGUUCUUGCGAUCCAUUACCAAAGACGAUCCCGAGUCUGCGUCUAUGACAGACUGGACAUUGGCAUUUGGACUGGAAGCGUUCAAUGAGGCCAGCCAAGAUUUUGCCGUGUUCAUCACAGAGGCCGUCAAGGAAGCUUGGGGUGCCACCGUCGAGAACCCACUCAUUGCAGUCCUAGCUACCAGUACCGAAGUAGCCACACCCAACGUGUUUGCAGAUCAAGUUGAGCUCUUCCAUAAUUCUUUGACGGAGCCGGAGAAGAUACGUAUCUCGCUACACCCACACAAUGAUCGUGGCUGUGGGAUUGCUACAGCAGAACUUGGCUUGCUAGCGGGCGCCGGCAUGGUCGAGGGUUGCCUCUUCGGCAAUGGGGAGCGUUGUGGCAAUGUCGACUUGGUCGCCUUGGCACUAAAUCUUUACUCUAGAGGCAUUCAUCCUGGCCUUGACUUCUCGAACAUUUCGGUCAUAAGGCAGAAGUUUGAGAGGCUGACUGGUCUGACGGUGUCUCAACGUGCGCCGUAUGCCGGGGAGUUUGCUCUACAGGCCUUCAGUGGCAGUCACCAAAACAUCAUUCGCAAGGGAAUCGCAUGGCGAAACGAAGCCUUGGAGGAAGGAAAGAACCCUAUUUGGGACAUUCCCUACCUUCCCCUUGAUCCAGAAGAUCUUGGCAUCCCACUCGACCAGAUCAUCCGUGUCAACUCUCAAAGUGGCAAAGCUGCUGCCACCUGGAUCCUCCACCGACGCUGGGGCCUUGAUAUUCCCGCUGAACUGCAGGUAGAUUUCGGUCGCCGGGUGCAGAUGAUGUGCGAAGCUUUGGCUCGAGAGAUCACACAUCAAGAAGUCAUCAAUCUGUUCAUCGCUAGUUACGCCCUCUCACCAACCGAGGAACGGGAUACGACCAGUCAGCUCGGAAGAAUUAGCAUAGAUACUGACGGCAGCCUCUGCAAUGUUAUGGGGACGGUCAAUUCUGCAGACAAUUCCUCAAUUCGCAUCCACGGGUCCGGGAGUACACUCGAAUCUGCGAUCAUUAGGGGCCUUCACUUCACGAAAGAUUCGAACAGCGCUACCGCCACAAUCUGUCACACGCAGAGGCUCGAUUCUGAUUUCGGCCAGGGAAAAGUAUGCGUACUUGCUACGUGUACUGAGGGAGACAUGGUCAGCUGGGGUUAUUUCAUCGAAGAGAACGAACAACAUGCUCAGGCAAUGGCUAUUGUUUCGGCAUGCUUGCAUUUGUAUCGUCGCAAGCGGUCGGCGUUGCCAACGCAGAAGCAAAGCACGAUUGGCAGAAUUGAUGCGAAGACGGCCCCUCCACGAGCAGUUACAAAAGCGUAG